AUGGCGGUGAACAACAUUUCUAAAAAGCGCAAAUUCGUUGGGGACGGUGUGUUUAAGGCGGAACUUAAUGAGUUCUUGACCAGAGAAUUAGCUGAAGAUGGCUACUCCGGUGUGGAGGUACGAGUCACCCCUACACGUUCAGAAAUUAUCAUUAUGGCAACUAGAACACAAAGUGUGCUCGGUGAAAAAGGCCGCAGAAUUCGCGAGUUGACUUCUGUAGUGCAGAAGAGAUUUAAUAUCCCUGAACAAUCAGUAGAGCUGUAUGCUGAGAAGGUCGCCACCCGUGGUCUUUGCGCCAUUGCUCAGGCUGAAUCUUUGAGAUACAAACUGAUUGGAGGUCUGGCAGUCCGUCGUGCAUGCUACGGUGUCCUCCGUUUCAUUAUGGAAUCUGGAGCCCGAGGCUGUGAAGUGGUUGUAUCUGGAAAAUUGAGAGGUCAACGUGCCAAGUCCAUGAAGUUCGUUGAUGGCCUCAUGAUCCACUCUGGUGACCCUUGCAAUGACUAUGUGAACACAGCCACACGACAUGUGUUGUUACGACAGGGUGUACUCGUGCCAAUUACACGGCGCCGUGAAGGUGUGUGCGGCCGAACACACGGCGCCGUGGAGGAGUGCGGGGCCGGCUACACGGCGCCGUGGCUCGCGCCCGUACAUUUUGCAUGCGUUAGUAUUCCGUCGGCUCUUGCGAAACGCACACGUUUUUGCCAUACGCUCGAAUUCAAGAACUUGCGAAAACCGUUUUCGGAUUUUUAUUUGAGUGACCGGUUCUUAUUAUAUGAGCCUUUGAAAAUAUACAAUUUUCGCGCCAAAAUGAGCGAUAAGCCCGGGCCUUCGAAGCGCUCUAGUAAAACAAGUAUACUGACUUCUCGUGCUAAGAAACGCCGCACAAAUUUUUUUUCUGAUGAAAGUGAUUGCUCUAGUGAGGAAGAAGUUUUCUCGCAAUGUAGUGAUGGGGAUAAGGAAUGGGAAGAGGAAGAAGAGACGGAAUCCAGUGAUGAGAGCAUUUUUGAUUCGAGCAAGUCUUGCAAAAAUAGACUUGCAGUGAGCCGUGACCCUUUAGAACUGUCACAUAAAUUACCCCCAAAAAAUCAGGCGGGUAGCAAUGAAGUGAUGCCUUCCCGUCAAAUAUCGACAGAAAAGGAUAACCCUAACUCGCCGGAUGUGAUACAAGAUUAUGGCAUGUAUCCUGACAUUCCUGACAAUUUAUUGGUAGACGUUGAUACAACACCAUCUGUAUCGUUACUAAGGUCAUCGGCUCCCACUCCAAACUUGUCAAUUCAGGAAAUCCCCACACUUCGUAAUGAAAACGUUGCCAGUUCCCCUACGCCGCCGACACUUUCUGCUAGACAUGAACCUUCACAACCUGAGGACCAGCAGCCAUCUCAACAAGGAGCCACUUCGUAUUGGACUUCCGAUGGUACAUUGAAGAUCAUAGAUUUUACUAAAACUCAAGGGUUAUUAGUUCCAGCUCCAUCAAAUCCAUAUGAAGCAUUUCGGUUACUUUUGGACGAUGAUUAUUUGGAUAUGAUUGUGCAUGAAACUAACCUCAAUGCAGUAAGAGUUUUAGGACAACCUGGUUUAACCGAAAAAUCCAGAAUAACUCACUGGAAAGAUUUAGACCGCGAAGAAUUAAUUAUAUUUUUGGGUUUACUGCUUCACACAGGUACAAUUCGCCUCAACAGACUCAACGACUAUUGGAAGAAGCAUUGGUUAUUCAAUUUAUCUUGUUUUAGUCAAUAUAUGUCCCGGAACCGAUUCAUGCUAAUCUUACGAUGUCUACAUUUUACAUCAGAACCAAGCGAUGAAGAUAGGCUGGCUAAAAUUCGUCCAGUUAUGGACCAUUUCAACAACACAAUGAAUGCUAUUUAUUAUCCAGGAAAACAGCUUUCUUUAGAUGAAUCUAUGGUGUUGUGGCGUGGUCGUCUAGUGUUUCGCGAGUUCAUCAAAAAUAAGAGACACAAGUAUGGUGUUAAAUUGUACGUUCUGGCUGAGCCUGAUGGUACAGUAAUAAAGUUUCAGAUAUAUAGUGGUGCAGGUGAUGAGACCGCCGGAGUUGGACACACUCAAAAAGUUGUUCUGAAGUUGCUGGAAGAAAAACUAGAUUCUGGUCACAGUGUUUAUAUGGAUAAUUAUUACAAUUCGUAUGAUUUAGCAGUAAAACUGUUGGAUCGUCAAACUUAUUGUACUGGUACCCUUGGUAAAACACGAAAAGGAAAUCCUAUCGAACUUGGCACAGUCACAUUAAAAAAAGGAGAAAACAAAUCUUUAUUUUUGAAUAACGUACACAUCGGCAAAUGGAGAGAUAAGCGAUAUGUGCUUUAUUUGACAACGGAGCACGAAAAUGAAAUGAUUGAAGUUACGAAUAAAAGAGGACAAAUUACUGAAAAACCUUCAGCAAUCGUGCACUACAACAACUUUAUGUCAGGAGUUGAUCUUCAGGAUCAAAUGCUGUCCUACUAUCCCUGCGAGAGGAAGACUAUGCGCUGGUAUAAGAAGAUAUUUAUACAUACACUGCAAAUGAGCCUAAGCAACUCAUUUUAUUUAUAUAACAAGUUUUCUGCAGCGAGUAAGAUCAAUUUCUAUGAUUACCGUCUUUCAAUUUUGGAGAAAAUGUUACCUAAACAAAAUGUGUUAACGAAGACACUGGUCAUGGAGCACAAACUAACCAAGAUAGAAACGGUAAAGAUACGUGAGAAAAAGGAAGGAAAGUGUACACGAACAAUAAAAGAAGUAGUGAGGAAAGAGUGUAAGGGUUGCAGAGGAAAGAAAAAAAGAACAGCAACGCUCUUUGAAUGUAAAGGUUGUCCAGACGCCCCAGGGUAUUGUACUGAAUGUUUUUGCGAAGUUCAUUCAUAA